GUUACCAUGACUUCUAUCAAGAUUGCUGUCGUUGGCCUUGGCCGGAUGGGCAAACGCCACGUCCAUACCUUGCUGUACCGUGUGCCCCGCGCUCAGGUGGUAGCCGUGUGCAGCAGUGAUGCUAGCGAGAUCGAAUGGGCUACGAGCAACCAGGAAUACAAGGACUUCGGCAUCGCCGUUUAUGAUAACUACGAUAAUAUGUUGGCUCAUCCUGGUCUUCAGGCUGUUUGGGUCUCCAGCAGCACGGACGUACAUGCCUGCCAGUCCUUGGCGGCUAUUAAAAGGGACCUUCAUGUUCUUUGUGAGAAGCCGUUGAGUACUGAUCUGGCAGAGGCUCAAUCAGUGGUUGACGCAGCCCGAGCAAAGCCUUCACUUAAGGUGAUGGCCGGGUUCUCGCGACGGUUCGAUGCUUCGUACCGGGACGCAAGUCUCAAGGUCUUUGACAAGAAGGCCAUCGGAUCCCCAUUCAUGGUCCGGUCGAAUACCUGCGAUCUGAGGGAUGACACUGGAUUUUUCGUCAGAUACGCCGCCCGCAACGGUGGAAUCUUUGUCGAUUGCGCUAUCCAUGAUAUUGACCUGUCGCUGUGGUUCUUGGACAACCCCAAGCCCAAGGCCUGUUGGGCGGCUGGAACGCUUCAGCACCAUCCCGAACUCAAGGAUCUGUCGGACGUGGAUAAUGCGGUCGGGAUUGUGGAAUUCUGGGGCGGGAAGAUCGCGUACUUCUAUUGCUCGCGGACUCAGGCGCAUGGGCAUGAUGUCUGUACUGAGAUCACUGGUACGGAUGGCAAGGUGAUGGUGAAUGUGGUUCCCAAGCGGAACAAUGUUGUCCUUGCCGAUUCGUUGGGUCUGCGACAUGAAGUGCAGCCGGAAUACUGGGAGCGGUUUGAGGAUGCGUUUGCCGUGGAGGCUAAUGAGUUUGUGAGUGCUGUGCUGAAAGAUACGGAGGUUCCUUUGCCCCUGGAGUCGGGAAUUAUGGUGAUGAAGAUCGGUCAGGCAUUGCAGCACGCUUUGCUGUCUGGGGAGGUGGUGCGUUUCGAUGAGAGUGGGGAGCGGUUGCACUAGGUAUUCUCAAUUGCGAUCAUGUUGAUUCUAUAGAAUUGGUUGAUUGGUACAAUGAACAUUGUUUGGACCAGAUCAUUUCACACUGUGAUCGCG